AUGGGCAAGUCGGGGCAUAAAGCCGCUACUGGAGAGUUGGGGGCGACGGACCUGGAAAUAGUUCAAAUCGGCCUGUGUCCGAAGCAAGCAACUUGUUCGUCUGAUGGCGGGGCAGACAGGGAACGUCAGUCGAGUCGAGUCGGGUACCGGAAGGUGACAAGGUCAAAGGGAGAAACAAGUGAUGAUAUUUCAGACGGGAUGAAGAAGGACGCGAUGGAAGAAAUGCUCAAAGCUCCAAGGCGACCCGACGUCGCGCCAGAAUUCCAUUCGCUGGAAUUGGUUCAACGUUACCUUUUUCAAACUUCCAUGUGGCCACAAUUCGGGAUGGUGGAGAUCUGCCCGUGGCAGUAG